AUGUUCGCCACCACGAACAUUGAGAGAAUCCCAGCUGCUUCCCCGACAACCGCUUCUACCAUGCUCACCGAAGCUUUCGUGACCACUUUGGGCCGAAACUCGCCCUCCGACGCUGAAUCUCAGGCAUCGAACACUAUCAGCAUCUACAAUUUGUCCUUCGCUGACCGCAAGAUCCUCGCCAAGGGAGCUCAGGUGCACAUUUGCGACCAUCAGGGUAUCACCAUCUGCCAACUGCCGCAUGCUCUUUUCCGCGCAAUCUCUACCAAGAAGGAAUUGGUUAAGCCUGGCAACCAGCCGGGUAUUAUUACAUUGCCUGAAAACCUCGACGAACUGAUGAUUAUCAACUUGAUUCAGCACUUCAUGGAUCUAGUCACCUGGAAGCAACACGCUCGAAUGUUGCCCUCUUACGAGUCCACCUACCACGACCUGCAAACUUGUAGCGUGGGUGAGUACCUCGGCAUGAAGAUGUACACCCAGCACAUCUUCAACUGGUACUUCGCGAGCAUCAGUUCCGGUCACCUCCCAGGUUACAGCGACAUCGACGCCUUCACCUAUGUUCGGACAAUUCCAGGCGAGGCGCUCUUCCAGAAGCUCGUCAACUUCGUCGCCAAGCUCGACUUCGAGGAUAGCAUCCCGGACCCAGAAGACUACCAAGAGUAUCUUCAGACCAACCAGCACUUCCGCGAGGCGGUCGCGGUAGCAAAGGCCAAACGCCAGGCCUACUUUGUAUACCUCGAGCGAAAGAAUCGCGAGGAAGCCGCGGCAGCUGAGCGGGCGGCUAACAUCGCCGAGAAGAACAAGGCACGCGUAAAAAUGGCCAAGGACAAGGCAGCGCAGAGCAAGGCCAAAUGGGAGGAGAAGAAGAAGGCGGAAGCGGAGUUGGCGGCCCGUGUCAAGGCUAAAAUGGCGGCACCAGGCAAGAAGAUCUGGAAAGCUCAUGAGGCUGGCUAUAUCCGCCGCAUCUAUGGGAAGAACGUCCCCACCUAG